AUGGCCUCCUUUGACAAACUGAACUUGAGUAUUGUUGACGAGGCGUUUGGUCCGUCCGCGGACUUGUAUCAGGACGUACUGCACGUUCCUUCGAACGCAUCCGCUCGAAUGAUCCAGCGUGCCUAUUUCGAUCGACGCAAUGAGCUCUUUCGCAUUCUGUCAGAUCUGGAUCAAUACGGCGAAUCCAACGAACCAACAACGGAAGCCAAACUAUUGCGAGCAGAGCGGAAAAUGGAUGCGGUUGUUACGGCGGGUCGAAUUUUGGGUGACUCUGUGAAGCGAUCGCAAUACGAUGAUAUGCUCAUGGACAGACUCAACGAAGGAGCCUUUCAAAGUCGAAUAGUGAAGAGUCCACAACUCUCAGGGGAAUACCCGAGAUUCGACAGCGUCUCAACAAAAGAACUUACGGCACAAAUAUCGUGGCGGCAAGAUCCUUGGAGGCGAUUGCGAUCGCUGGAGCUCCAAACCAAUGUUGUAGCAUCGGUGCGCCACGAAGACACUACCGUGGGAAAACCACAAGCGCCGCGAGCCCGAACUCUGGUGCAACUGUCACAACCGCGACGCGUAGUCUCACCCGAAAAGGACCAUAGCACAGUGUCGGAAUACGCGUAUGACAGUGGUGAUGACGACCAAAAUGCGACCGUACAAUCCGAGUAUACGGAUGUAACUCUUAUGAGCACCAAUAGAAGAGACAAAGACUUGGUAUCAUGCAUCAAGAAUGAGGUGAUGGGAUGCUUUGACGAUCAUAUUUUCGAAGGAUUGCUUGUUCGGGACCUUAUCCGGCAGUGCAGAGGAGUUCCAAGUUCUGAAUGUUUUCAAGUUCUGAAUGUUUUCACCUUACAGGACGCCGAUAUCAUGGCAGUCACCAGGAGGAUUGACAAGGCCAAAACACAAAUGGACAUUGGGUUAUGA